AAACCUCUUCAGUCUUGCAGUAUUUUGUGGUUGUGAGAGAUAAUGAGAGUGAGUAGCAACGCAUAAGGGAAACAGCAAGAACUCUCCUGAUUCACACACAACAUACAGCUCGCCAUUCUUCUGCAAGACAACCUUUGUGAUGGAGAAAGCUGCAUUGUUGCUCUUUUAUUGCCUUUUCCUUUCUGCAUCAGGAUCCCCACUCUAUCCCUCCAUCAGGUUUGGCCAGAGGGACACAUCCAUCCUGAUGACAUCUUCGCUAAAGAAUCCAGAGCAGCUGGAAGACACAAGUUCUGCUCAAGAGAGAACAGACUUACGCUUGGGCCGCCAUGCUGACGCCAUCUUUACAAACAGUUACAGGAAAGUGUUGGGCCAAAUAUCUGCCAGGAAGUUUCUUCAGACCAUCAUGGGAAAACGUCUCGGAGACGAAAGUGAGAGCUACAUGAAACGCCAGGCUGAUGUCUACGAAGGAACCUAUAAAGAAGAUCUGACUUCCAUCCGGAGCAAUCAGCGAUACAGAGGACUUCAUGAAAUGCCAUGAGGCUCAGACUGCGGAGAGGAGAGGACCCACAAAUAAGGAUGAAAGAAGCAUGUGCUCAUUCACAAAACCAUCGCAGCUUGUUUACUCGUACCUCCAUUUCUAAACAAACAAUACGAAAUGUUUUUUUUUAAUUCUCAUUGAAGCUACGAGGAAAAUCCUGGAGCACUCACAAUAUGGUUCCGGGACCAUGUUUGCGACUGAUAUGAUCCACCCAUUCAUGUACGUUUACACGGCAAGGAAAGAAACAUCGAGAACGGUGAUUCCCAAGCACUGUGCUGUGGCACAUUAGCGUGCCGUGAUUGAUUAGAGAGUUUGCUGGAUGUGGGAAAUGAUCCCAUUUCAUUAAAGUGGUCUAAAAAUGAGGCCUUUCUACAAAUAAUCCCUCAACAAUUUCAUGCUCUUCCGCUAGAUGGCAGAAGAUUCAACUAAUUAGAUGGC